AUGGCGGGCAUCUAUGCUGAUUUCCGCGUUAUAUCUACCCUACGGUACGAUCCAGAGCUCAUUAGUGGGAUAACGAAGCCGCUCUCGUACCCGGAGCCGACUUGCUCCUCCUACUACCUCCUUCCAUACCACUGCGGACGGCUCCUGGAUGCUGCGGUAGACUUCCAGUGGACGGCUGCCGUUUCGCGAAUGCAACGGACUGGUUCAGUCGAGCAGUUUGCAGAGUCCCUUAACACCUUCUUGCCGGACAAAUCUCGGCCAUGGCGCUUGCGUAUACUGCUGGAUCAUGAAGGCGAGCUGGCCGUAGAGGCUUCACCUGUUGUCUCACCUUUAAGCUCUCAUAUUUUCUUCCUUCCGCUUCGGCCUUCAUUCUCAUCCCUGUGUACGCAUAAUAAGGAUGUCGUCCGCUGGAAACUACGACUGGAUACACAGCCCACGGAGCCGUCUCUAUUCACCAGACACAAGACCACUGCUAGGGACAUGUAUAACGCCGCCCGGACGAGGGCCAACCUACCCUCUUUGGCCGCCCCGAUUGAGGUUCUGAUGUACAACCUUAAAGGUGAGGUCACAGAAGGCAGCAUCACUACCGUUUACUUUAAGAAGAGAGUAGAUGCUGCAACAUAUGAUCCGACAACUGGAGAUGGUGGGUGGGUUACACCUUUACUCACGUGUGGUGGAAAUUCAGCAACAACUCGACGUUAUGCUCUUGAUAGUGGUAUCUGCUCCGAGGAUAUCAUUCGAAUUGACACACUCAAGGCCGGCGAAGAGGUAUGGCUAAGUAAUGGUGCAAGAGGUUUUAUGCCAGCUACACUAGAGCUGUAG